CUCCUCAUCUGUCUUCUUCUUCCUCCUCCUCUCCUCUGUCCUCUCUUCUUCGAGGCGUCGGAGAUUAGAUUCCCCAAAAAGCUCUCAAAUCCUCUCCUUUAUGGCGUCAUCAGGUGGAAGUCCUCCUAAGCCUUGGGAGCAAGAAGGAAACAACAACACAUCUGGGCCUAAGCCGUUCAGGCCUCCUUCUAAUACGAGCACUGCUGAUUCCGUUGAGGCUUCUGGUACAGCGAAUCCUGGUGAGCUGGUUUCCUCUGUUAACAGGACUAAUACAGCUGCUGCUACGAUGAAUGGAUUGAGUAGGCCUGUGCCAAGUAGGCCUUGGGAGCAGCAACAGAGCUAUGGAAGCACUUAUGGUGGUGGUUAUGGUUCAACUUUAGGUGUGAACUCUGGGUAUGGUUCGGGUACGUAUGGUUCAGGAUUGGGUGGGUAUGGUUCGACAUAUGGGGGUGGAAUGUAUGGUGGAAGUAGCAUGUAUAAUAGAGGAGGUUAUGGUGGUGGUGGUCUAUAUGGGAGUUCUGGUAUGUAUGGUGGUGGUGGUGGGAUGUACGGAAGCAGUUUUGGUGGUGGUUAUGGUAUGGGUAUGGGGACAGGAAUGGGUAUGGGGAUGGGUAUGGGAAUGGGAAUGAGUCCUUACGGUGGUCAAGAUCCUAACGACCCUUUUAAUCAACCUCCUUCUCCACCAGGCUUCUGGAUAUCAUUUCUCCGUGUGAUGCAAGGUGCUGUGAAUUUCUUUGGGCGUGUAGCGAUGCUGAUAGAUCAAAACACACAGGCCUUUCAUAUGUUCAUGUCUGCUCUUCUUCAGCUAUUUGAUCGUGGUGGUAUGUUGUAUGGAGAGUUAGCAAGAUUUGUGUUGCGUAUGCUUGGGGUGAGAACAAAGCCUAGGAAGAUGCAGCAGCCGCCACUAGGACCUAAUGGACUUCCUUUACCUCAUCAGCCACAUGGAAACCAGAACUACAUUGAGGGUCCUAAAGGUGCUGCUGGACCAGGUGGUGGCGGUGGUGGUUGGGAAAAUGUAUGGGGUAACUAAGUUGCUUCUUUCGUUAAAGCCAAAUCCUUCAACGUUGCUCUGGAUACACAAAUGAGAAUCAGUUGGUUAUUAGUGGAAAGAAAACUCUAUACAGCGGCCUCCUACGCAGAUUGGGUUGUACUAAAGCCUUAUGUUUCUUAGUUUACAAAUCGAGUCUCGUCAUCUCUUUUCUCUGUCUCUCUCUCUCUUUCUCAUCUCAGCUUUGUGGUUAUGUGAUAAACAAGUUGCAGAUAUUUAUGUCGAACUUCAAAUAAAAUGGAAAGUGAAGCUGUAAGUGUUUUAAAGACAUAUCUGUUGUGUAUUCAUAUAAUAUUAUUGGAUUAUCUUCCUCUUUUACUGGAUUUGAAACAACAGUGUUGUUGAUCGGUUAAGCGUUCUCAUUUUU